AUGCGCUUUUCCCUCGCCCUCCUCCUCCUCGUCGCCCCCGCGCUCGUGAACGCGACUCUGUCCCCGUGCCACGCCAACGUGAAGGGCAAGUGCCCCAAGCUGCACAACUGCAAGGUGACCAAGGUCUCCACGGCCAUCCAGGCCGCCGAGUGCUCGCACAACACGCGCACCCACAACAAGCAGACGUACGCUGUCUUCAAGCAGGACCACCAGUACGACGGCAACCACGGCUACCCGUACGGCGACUGCUACGCCUACACGUGCAAGAUCAAUAGCAAGAUGGUCGCCAAUAAAGACUGCUGGACAUUCCUCUGGGACACCAACGUCAAGGUCAACGGCACCAAGCCCGGCGUCGGCACGGGCUGCAUCAAGGACCCCAACACGAGCGAGUGCGGGUGCGAGGACUCGAAGACGGGCAAACCUCUCGCGCUGCUCUCCGGCGGCGCCUACGCGGCAGACGAAGCGAACGCUAAAAUCUUCUCCCGGUCGAUGCGCGUGUUCGUCACGGGGGGUCAAGUGGUCUGGGACUACCGACGCCACUUCAAAGGCACGGAGAGGGACGACCCGGACUACCGCCUCAAGCUGCAGGGUCUCAACCAGCGCAUCGCCCAGCGGCUGCUGCACCUGUGCUUCCAGAACGGGGGCAUCUACACCAAGUUCGGGCAGCAGCUGGCCACGUUCAACCACGGACUGCCCAAGGAGUACACGGAGACGCUGGCGCAGCUGCAGGACCAAGCCAAGUCCGUGUCCUUCGACAGGGCCAUGCAAACCAUCGAGGCGGAGAUGGGGCGACCCUGGCAGGAGGUUUUCAAGGAGUUCGACCAGACACCGAUCGCAUCCGCGUCGCUGGCUCAGGUGCAUCACGCUGUGGACCACCAGGGCCGGGAGCUGGCGGUGAAAGUGCAGUACCCGCACCUCGAGGCGCAGAUGCAAGCGGACAUCCGAGUCAUCAAGUGGGCCUUCCAGCUUACCGAGUAUUACUUCCCUGACGUCCAGAUCCAGUGGCUCUACCCCGAGUUCAAGCGCGCGCUGCUGUCGGAGCUGGAUUUUGAGAACGAGAAAAACAAUAGCCGGCGUAUUGCAGCGUGUCUGAAGCACAACAGCACUGUGCACGUGCCUGUCGUGUACGACGAGUUGAGCACGAAGCGGAUGAUGUCGAUGGAGUUUACCGCGGCGCCCAAGAUCUCUCAGAUUGAUGCCAUCAAAGACCUUGGCCUCGAUCCGCCUCAAGUCGCGCGUGCCCUGUGUGAAGUGUUCAGCGAAAUGGUGUUCUGCCAUGGGUUUGUUCACUGUGACCCGCAUGCAGGCAACAUCUUUGUGCGCCGCAAUCCCGACCCCCGAGCCAAACGCAACGAGCAGCUCGUUCUGCUCGACCAUGGACUCUACCGUGAGCUGGAUGGGGAAUUCCGCAAGACCUAUUGUGAUUUGUGGCGAGCCAUGCUCAUGCGGGACAGCGCUCUCCUAGAAGAUUGCGGCAAGAGGCUGAAUGUUGGAGAACUCGCCAAGUACUUGCCCCUGCUGUUCACGUACCGGACGAUUAAUCACAGGGGGCGUCUGGACGCGUCGAUGAGCGAAUCGGAACGCAAUGCGCUUUCCGAAGACCUCAAGAGCAUGCGCUUCUCUAAUGUCACUGACUUUCUAGAGCAGCUUCCGAGGGACAUGCUGUUUGUCUUCCGGAUGAACAACAUGAUCCGGGCUCUAAACAAGGAGUUGGGAGGGACCACAAGGGAGAGGUUUUCAAUCAUGGGCGAUUAUGCCGUUAGUGGACAUUCCUCGUUCUACUCUAGUUCAUCUGAAGCGGGGCUUGCCCGGAUCUGGGGUACACUAGGCUACUGGUGGGAGCACAUGAACCUCGUUUUGCGCCUCCGCGUCCUGGAUUACGUUAUGGCUGCUAUCCAGUACGCCAAGGGAGGGCCUCCAGCGAAGAUUAAGCGUGUAGGGUGA